AUGGAGUUUGGGAAUCAGCUGGAGAGCAAGUGGGCUGUGCUGGGCACCCUCAUCCAGGAGUACGGGCUGCUCCAGCGGCGCCUGGAGAAUGUGGAGAACCUCCUCAAGAACAGGAACUUCUGGGUGCUGCGGCUGCCCCCCGGACCCCCGGGGGGGGCGCCCCCAGCUGCCGGGGGCUUCUCCCUGCAGGUGCCGGUGACGUUUGUUGACAUUGCUGUCUACUUCUCGGCGGAGGAGUGGAAGAAUUUGGAGGAGUGGCAGAAAGAGCUGUACAAUAACCUGGUGAAGGAGAACUAUGAGUCUUUGAUCUCCCUGGAUGGUGCCCUCUCCAGAAGCGAGGCACAGCCCCGCAGCGAGCGCCCAGAGGGACCCUGCGUCCCCGAGCAGAGGGACCUGGAGCAGAGGGAGCUGCCGACAGAUGCCUGUGCGG